GCUUCUCUUAGUCCUGGAGACGUACAUUUUUCGCGCUGUAGAAAAAACGGGCUGUGACGUCACGGGAACGACGGAAGUAGGCUUCUAAGGGGCCUGACUCCAGCGAUGCCCGUGGAAGCAGGGCCUGCGCGCUUGGUGCGCUCCGCUCAAAAAGAUGAAGUGUAUCGAGGGGUCUUGAAGAGCGGAGCGGGGGCUGCCCUGGGGGGACUAGCUGGUGCUAAAACCUGGCUGGAAUGGCAGAAGGAAAUCGAGCUGCUUGCCGAUGUGAGUUUUUUCACCCUGACUACACUUUCAGGUUACCAAACACUCGGCGAAGAAUAUGUCAACAUAAUUCAAGUAGGCCCAUCUGGGAAAAGAAUCCCUUCUUUAUUUCGACGGGCCAUCCUGAUCUCUCUGCACACCGUCUUGCCUUACUUGUUAGACAAGGGCUUAAUCCACCUGGAACACGAACUUCAGAGAGAACCCGAUGGGACGCAGGCUGUGCAAAGACCCUCCCCCUGUAGACUGCGAGGCAGGACUUUUGUGCGGAGCUGGUUACGGAACCAGAUGCGUGGGUUGACUGAGCAGCAGAAGAAACUGCUUUCUUGGGUGGUCUAUCUCCUGAGGCAUGGCAUCCCUCUUCUCCGUCGGUUGCACCUGAGCAUCUUCUACCUGCAUGGCGUCUUCUACCACAUGUCUAAAAGGAUAGCAGGGAUCACGUAUCUGCGCUUUGCAGGAUGGGCAGGAGAUGACCAGAACAUCCGAUCAACUUACAGACUCCUUGGGAUCAUUUCCCUUCUGCAUCUGGCGCUGACGAUCGGUACCCAAGCCUACAGCUUCCAACAGAGACAGAGGGCGAGACAAGAAUGGAAACUACAUCGUAACCUUUCCUAUCAGAAAAUCCAGCCUGAAGAGACCCUUCUGGCCCGCAGUUCCCGCUGCACUCUGUGCUUAGAAGAGCGGCGACACACCACAGCCACACCCUGCGGCCAUCUCUUUUGUUGGGAAUGCAUCAUGGAGUGGUGCAACACCAAGGCAGAGUGCCCGCUCUGCAGAGAGAAAUUCCAGCCACAGAAGCUGAUUUAUCUGCGCCACUACCGGUAACAGCCAGAUUGUGAAGCAUCGGGAGCCAACAAAAAUGCUACAGCUUUUUUCCUCUUUUGACCAAGUGCAAGACUUUAUUAUUUUUUAAAAUAUUAAAUUGUGAAAACUAAGCUGCCAAAA